AUGCAUUCCAAAGCACUGUUCGCCAUUUUGGCCGGCGCAGCCAGCGGCCUCAGUCUUCCUCCUCUGAUUCCUUCUAUCCCAGGAGUCACUGAGCCACUUGCAAGCAAUGCUCCCCCGUUGCCUAUCUUGCAAGUUCCAACUCCCCCGUUGAGCAGCCCGCCCUUCACUGGAAACCAGAAUAUCAAGCCGAAGAAGAUCGGAUACUUCUGGACAGGUGCUGGUGACAAUCAGCACAAGGACUUCCUUGCCACGUACUCAUUGGAUGAUGACACAUUUGGCACUCUUUUGUGGAUCACCGAUGUGCCUUCCAGUGGCAACAGCCCUCACCAUCUUGGUUCCUCCCUCGAUGGAAAGACACUUGUCGGAGGUGGUCUUUUGUCCUUGCUCAAGACUCAGGACACUGCUUAUUACUUCGAUACUACCAACCCUUAUCAGCCCAAGUUCAAGAAGAGCAACCGUGCUCUUCUCUCAUCCAUCACUGAUGAAAUCCGUGCUAAGCCCGAUGGAGGUUUCUUGAUCACAUACAUGGGAUCUGCCGUGGGUAGCUCUCCUGGUCGUCUAGUAGAGACGGAUGCCAACUUCAACAUCAUUCACGAAUGGCCCGAAGAUGUCGGAUCCACUCUCAACAUCCUUGGCGAGCAAUUCUCUCCUCACGGUCUUUCCGUUGACUGGAACAAGAAGAUCAUUCUUACAUCUGAUUUCGUCGUACCUGUCACCAUCCUCAAGCCUGCCUCUGCUAUUGGCAUCCAGAGGGCAAACACCCUCCGCCUUUGGGAGCUUGAUACCAAGAAGAUCAUCUCGACUAUCACCAUCCCCGACGGCCAGGGCAUCCAGGACGUCAAGUUCAUCCCUGGAAACCCAGAGUCUGCUGCUCUUGCUACUGCUGUUGGCCCCGGUACGGUCUGGAUCAUCUAUCCCUUCCGCAAGAAUGCGCAAGGCCAACAGGGUGUUGCCGAGCUCCUCUACGACCUUGGUCCUCGUGCCCGCGACAACCUUGCCAUCUACUCCGACAUCUCUGACGACGGAAAGUGGGCCUACUUCACCCUUACCCUCGGUAACCACGUCGCUGCCCUCGACAUCUCCGACCUCAACAACGUCAAGCGCCUCGAUGACCCCGAAGAGAACCAAGGCAUCGUCGGACCCCACUACGUCAAGAUCUCCCCCGACAAGAAGAACCUCCUCGUCACCGACUACUUCGUCCAGACCGGCGAAAUCGGCGUCGUCAACACCCCUGCGGACUUCAAGGCCCAGUGGAUUGACAUCCUCCCCAACGGUGCUCUCAGCUUCAACAGGUCCAUCGACUUUGCGAGCCAGUACACCAACCGCGGUGGUGCUAAGCCCCAUUCCGCAGUCAUCUUCGACUUGACUGACCCCGCGAACCCCAAGUACUACUAGAUUGUGGUUGAGUUGCUCAAGGAUAGAAUAGACUGACAACACUCUCGCUUUGAUGAUGACAUGAAUCGUCACAUAACCUCUCUUUACAUAUUCUUUUCGGCUUGUUGGUCACCUAGGGAAUUGGAAC